UGUGACCUCGAACUUCCAAGUAUCGACUGCACCUGUUUUUUAGAUUUAAUCGAAUAUAUUACUAAAUAUAUUAUAUUUGUAGAAAUGCCUAUUUCGGCUAAAGAAUUAGAAGAAAAAUUGAAGAAUGAGAUACAAGCAACUCAUUUGGAGAUUGUAGAUACAUCAGAUGGAUGUGGGGCCAAGUUCCAAGCCCUUAUUGUGUCUCCACAGUUUGAAGGGAAACCAUUGAUCCAGAGACACAGAUUGGUCCAUUCCACGCUAGAAGAAGAGUUGAAGGAUAUACAUGCUUUUUCCAUGAAAACCCUCACUCCAGAACAGUGGCAGAAACAAAACUCUUGAUACAACGACUGUGUUUACAGAAAUCUUUUAUAAGUAGCUAAUCAAGAACACUGCACAUUGGAAUUACCAUUACAAACACUAAUUAUGAAUAAAGAAAAAGAAAGACAAGUAGUAUUAUAUAGUAUUUAAUUACUUGUUUUUAUUAUAAAUCACAGUUGAAAUUAUACAUAUGACUACAGUACCAAUUACAAUAUGUAUGUAAAUUGCUUGUUAGAUUGGGUAUUUGAAGAAAAGGAGGGGCUGUUACAGGAAUCCAAAUCUAAGGUAUCAUCACUGUUGAAUUUAUGAGAAUAGAACUGCAUGCAAGCCACUUUUAUCUGUGAAGAAUUGCAUCUCAGAUUGUAAUCACCAAUGCAAUGGCAUGAAAACCUGCAAUUUUUGCUUUAAGUUUUACUUAAAAAGGGUUUGAUAAAGUUUGCAUGCAAAUCACUUGCUGAUUAAAGACGGUUUAAAAUAAUAAAAUCUGUGUAUUUUUCUAUGUGUAAACUUCUAUUGUACACAUUUCUCAACAAUUUAUAACAUCACUGGUGCCCUUAUCCUGUGUCCAAAAAUCAAGUAACAUAAUUCACGACACAAUGUAAUGUCAAUUUUGACCCAGAUUUUACUCACAAAAUUUACAUUAAGUUUCGCAUGUUACGAUGACGUAAGCCAUUACCAUGCAUCUAUGUAAAUAUAUGUGCAUGCUAAACAUGUCAUAUAAAUGUUCUUCUAAGCAACAUCAACCAUUUUAUAGUUAUUUAAAAAAUAAAAACAAAAAUAUUCAAAUUUAUUGAAAAACAAUGAACGAUGCAGUGCCUUGCAUAUUACCAGUCGUGCCAUCUAAAAUUCAUAAUGACUUUAUCAACAUGAUAUAUCAGUGAAUUAUUUUAAGUGAAAAUAUUACUUUUCAUACUUAAGACAAUUCUGUUUAAAAAGACAAUUCUGUUUACUUUUUAUUCAUUUUCAUUAUUUUCUGUGAUGUACAUAAAUAAAUUAUAGAAUAUUU